GCCCCGCUACUCUGUCAUAGGGAAGGGGUAAAUCUCUGAUGACAGCAUGACAGCAGCAGUGUUGUCUCUCCAGCCUUUGAGAGAGAGAGAGAGAGAGAUUCCCCUCCAAUAGCACACUUCCCUCUCUCGUCCCCCUAUCCUGUUCAUUCCUCCUAGACCGACCCAGACCUGCAGGGCUCCACAAGGUCUUCGUCCCAGAAGAAGAGGAACUUCCUUCCCAGGAGUGUGAAUCAUGUGAUGGAGAGAGUGAUGGCGAGGCACUAUGACUUUGACCUCACCUACAUCACUGAGCGGAUCAUUUCUGUCUUCUUUCUUCCUCACCUGGAAGAACAACGCUACCGUGGCAACCUACAGGAAGUGGCUGCUAUGCUCAAGUCCAAACAUCAAGAUAAGUUCCUGCUCUUAAACCUGUCUGAGAAGCGUCAUGAUAUCACACGACUCAGCCCCAAGGUUGAAGACUUUGGUUGGCCCGACCUGCACGCCCCUCCGCUGGAGGGGAUCUGUGCCAUGUGUAAGGUCAUGGAGACCUGGCUGACCUCUGACCCCAGCAACGUGAUCGUCCUUCACUGCAAGGGAAACACAGGGAAGAUGGGGGUCAUUGUGGGUGCCUACAUGCACUACAGCAAGAUCUCUGCAGGAGCGGACCAGGCCAUAACCACUCUGGCCAUGAGGAAGUUCUGUGAGGAUAAAGUCUCCUCCUCGCUGCAACCCUCCCAGAACAGGUAUAUGUACUACUUUGGGGGUCUGCUGUCGGGGGCGAUCAAGAUGAACAGCAGUCCUCUGCACCUUCACCAUGUUCUGAUCCCCAACCUGCCCAACUUCCAGGCAGCAAGGGGAGGUUACUAUCCUUUCCUGAAGAUCUAUCAGUGUCUACAGCUGGUCUUCACCUCGGGCAUCUACGACCCCCAGGGCUCCAGGGCGAAGAAGCUGUGUGUGACGCUCGAGCCAGCACUACUGUUGAAGGGGGACAUCAUGGUGAAGUGCUACCACCGGCGGCCACGUGGCUCAGAGAGGGAGGCGGUGUUCAGGCUGCAGUUCCACACCUGUACAGUCCACGGAGCUCAGCUGUGGUUCGGCAAGGGAGAGCUGGACCUGGCCUGUGCAGAUGACCGCUUCCCUCCAGAUGCUACGGUGGAGUUUAUCUUCUCCUAUGGCCCAGAGAAAAUGAAAGGGCGAGAGUACUGUAAGAAUGACCCAUCUGUUUCAGUGGACUGCAACACCUCAGACCCAGUGAUGCGCUGGGACUCCUAUGAGAACUUCAAUCUGCACCACCAGGAUAGCACUGAGGACAUCUCCCACACGCGUGGUCCUCUGGAUGGCAGCCUGUACGCCCAAGUGAAGAAGCAUCGAGGCCGGGGUUCUCCCAAUGCAUGCUCCACAGGCAACCCCACAGCCAAGCCCCCUCCACCGGCCCAGCCUCAAUCUCAAUCUCAACCUCAGCCCCUGUCCCUCAGCUCCGACUCGGGACACUCCUCCACCCCCUCCGAACACAUGGAGGACCCCCCUCCUUGCCCCCUGUCCCGCCUGAAGAAUGAGAAGGAGGUGGUGGACUGUCUACUGCGGAGGGGGGAGGGUGGAGAGAGAGACAGGGCAAUGCAGAGGGAGAGAGACCGAGAAACGGCAAUUUUGGAUGAUGGAGACUCUGUUCCAGAAGGUGGGCUGAGGCGGGAGCAGUGGUCAUGCCACGGUCGAACAUGUCAGAAGUGUAGGGAGGCAUCGGGUUGGGAGAGGGAGCCGUGCUUUGCUAACGGACAUUGUAUGGCCCGCUGUAACAGCAGCAUCAAGGGGAACCUAAAGAGCCGAGCAUUAUCCGCCUUACCCUCCCAGCAGCCGGUGUCUCCUCGCCCCCUGGAGCCCCAUCUGGACAUGUGCCAUCGCCAUAGUGCCCAUCCCCUGCCCAAGUUGCCGCGGGAAUGUCCCCCGCCACCUUUACCCUGUCUCCAUCGGCCAUGCUACCCCUACCCCGCCCCUGAACAUGCCCCCCCAAACUCCCACACCAUCCCGGGCUCCAAUAGGCUCUUCUGCGGUGGAGAGGAGUGUCGGGUCUUUCAUUACCCCACCACCCGCCCUGCCCCACCUCGCCUCUCCCACCAAUCCCUGCCCUCCAGCCCAUAUAGGGAGAUGUUUUUCAGCCCGGCGGCUCCUCCUCACUCUGAUGGCUGCCCAUGCCGAGACUGCACCUGCAGGCAAGAGCACCAAUCGGCUUCAGCCAGAGCCUUCCACCCGCUGUGCCCGGACCAACCAGAGAGCCUGCACUGGCCCCGAGGGCAGGACUCUGAGCUGUGGGACAGGGAUGCGGGGCUGAGGCGGGGGAGGGAGGGGCCUUCUCAGCUAUGGGUGCCGGAUAAUCCGUGGGUGGCGGAGAGAGAGGCAGAGUUUUGGCAACGGAGGUCAGUGAGAGGGAUGUCACCCUAUAUAGGCUGUCACUCCCCCCUGGGUCAGGGUCCCGGGUACCCCAGCCCCCAACCCCUCCUGGACAACCCCGGUGGCAGCAGUGGGUACAACACACCCCUACCCCCCUGCCACUCCUGCUCUUGCUCUCCCUACCAGCAGGACUCCCCCUCGGGGAGACACAGGAGCCCGAGGUAUGCCUCGGGGUACCAGUCUGGGUCCACCUUACCCCUGCCCCCUGGUAGCCCAAACCCUGGUGACUCCCAAUCGGAACCACCCACCGACCUGCAGCAACAGACUGACACUUGUGCAUCAUAUGUGGUGCAAAACAGUGUGGGUAUGGAGGACUCUUCUUCCCAGGGGUCGCUGGGGAAAAGUGAGAGGAAGCCAGAUGAACAGACAUUUGACGACACUGUAGAAGGUUCCCCCCUGAGUCCUCCAGAUGGUUGCCAGGAGCCAAGUCAAGGGCCCCAGCAGAUAGAGCCCCUCAGUGGGACCCCCAUUUCUGCAGAGCCAGCCUCCACCUCCACCAUCCUGGAGCUUAACACCAAUAGUAACAGUAUCACACCGGAGAUCGAAAGGACACCGCACCAAGCUGUAAAAUCCACAACAACACCAUCGACAGAUUCACAAACGCAAGGCAGUGACGGCUGUUCUGAAGAGUCCAUACAGAAGCUGAGUGAAUGUGUGAACCCUAGUGACUCACAACAAGUGCACAUGGAGGUGCACACUAUAAGUGCAAGUGUGCAUCCACCUCCCACUACAGCUGAGGAUGGGGAAUUGAAGGUCGCGGAGAGAGUACUAGAGAUGUCCACUCAGACCACUGCCGUCCCGAGCUCAAGGCAUUCAAUCGUCCCUGUCCAAGUGAAACUCAAUGGCAGCGGCUCACCCCAAUCAGGAAGAGGCUGCAGUGCAUCACCGAGCCCUUGCUCUACCCACAUCUCUGCCCCUCCCUCACCACACCUUUACAUUGGCUCCCCAGAGCAACGUCCCUCCCCUCAGCCCUCUCCAUUGGCCAUGGACCCAGCUGGGCGAAGACUUACCCCUGUGAGUGACAGUGACCCCAAAACCCCAUCCCCUGUCCCUGACGGGUACAACACCCCCACCUUCCCCCUGGAGUCCUACUACUAUCCCCUUCUCAACAUCCCCCACAUCCCAUACUCGGGGUACACCGCUAUCACUAUCCCUGCUGCCCAGCCCCCACUCCCCGAAAAGAGGCGCCUGUCUUCCAUGCCAGGGUACCGCAGCGGGCAUGGCUCCCAGUCCAUCCUGAGUUCCUCGCUGGGUGCCAUAGGACCCAUGGGUACCUCUCCCCAAUCUAGCCCCCUCCACGUCACUGUCUCCCCCUCGGUGGGGGUGGGGGGGCUCCCCCCACUGGUCAGACGAAGACUGACACCCCCUAUUGUCAGAGAGGAAAGCAGAAAAGUCAAAUCCAAGUUUGUACAGGACAGCUCCAAGUUCUGGUACAAGCCUGGCAUCUCCAGAGACCAAGCCAUCGCUGUAUUGAAGGACAAAGAGCCAGGUUCCUUCCUGAUCAGGAACAGUAACACCUUUCAAGGGGCCUACGGUCUGGCCCUCAAGGUGGCCAGCCAUCCUUCAAACAACAUCAACAACAUAGUGGUUGAUCAGGAGCAUCUGGUCAGACACUUCCUCAUUGAGACAGGCUCUCGGGGGGUCAAGAUAAAGGGCUGUCAGAAUGAGUCCUAUUUCGGAAGUUUAUCUGCCCUGGUGUACCAGCGCUCACUCACCCCUAUCUCCCUGCCAUGCGCUCUAUGCAUCCCUGAGAAAGAUCUGGUCGGAGAGCUGCAGAGUGUCAGCAACACCAGUACCGCAGCUGACCUCCUCAAACAGGGCGCAGCCUGUAACGUGCUCUACCUAAACUCUGUGGAGACAGAGUCACUAACGGGGCCUCAGGCUGUCUCCAAGGCGACCAGGUGCACUCUGACCCAAAGCCCUCAGCCCAUGGCCACCAUGGUCCACUUCAAAGUGUCCACUCAGGGCAUUACACUGACCGACAGUCAAAGGAGACUCUUCUUCAGGAGACACUACCCCAUCAACAGUGUGACCUUCAGCAGCGUGGAUCCUCAGGACAAGAGGUGGACUAAUUCUGAUAACAAGUCAAGCAAGGUGUUUGGUUUCGUGGCCAGGCGGACUGGCAGCACAUCGGAGAAUGUGUGUCACUUGUUUGCCGAGAUGGACCCAGAGCAGCCGGCUGUGGCCAUCGUCAACUUCAUCAACAAGGUCAUGCUGGGGCCCCAGCAGCAGCAACGCAGAUGAGUUAGGACUCCCAGGGACCACAGAGAAAGGGCAUAACGGUGUAAAUCGGUGUGUGGAAGGAAAUUGGUGGUUUGGGUAUGUGUGUCUGCAAAUUGGUCAGUGUGUUUGUGUGUGUUUUUGCAUGUUUGAAGACAUUUGUCAACUGGUGAGGAACCGGAUUGGGCACAAUCAUGUCCAUCAGGACGGUAUAUUACAAAGGUACAGAAUAACUUUUGAGGUGAUAGCUUUAAGCUUUUUUUGGAUUAACACCACCUCUGCCAGGGGAGAUUUUGCAUUUCAUUAUUUUGUAACGUCAAUUCAGUUACUGUUUGCCAUCACCUUUCAUUUAAUCAUGUUAUUCAUGACUAUGAAGUAUUUGUCAUUUUAAAUAGGAAAGCCUUGUGAAAGCCUGUACGAUGUCAAUGACUCCCCAGUUUGCACACAUGCAGAUAUGGAAAACCACUUGUUUUGUUGGUCAGUAUUAUGUUAUGUAAAGUCAACCUCUUUGAAGAGAAAACAGUCCGGAACGGGGUUAUACAGUAAAUACACGUUGUGGACAAAACAUUAAGAACACCUGCUCUUUCCAUGACAUAGACUGACCAGGUAAAUCCAGGUGAAAGCUACGACCCCUCAUUGAUGUCACUUGUUAAAUCUACUUCAAUCAGUGUAGAUGAAGUGGAGGAGACAGGUUAAAGAAUGAUUUUUAAGCAUGGAGACAAUUGAGACAUGGAUUGUGUAUGUGUGCCAUUCAGAGGCUGAAUGGGCAAGACAAAGAAUGUAAGUGCCUUUGAACAGGAUAUGGUAGUAGGUGCCAGGCACACCGGUUUGUGUCAAGAACUGCAACAUUGCUGGGUUUUUUCAUGCUCAACAGUUUCCCGUUUGUAUCAACAAUGGUCCACCACCCAAAGGCCAUCCAGCCAACUUGACACAACUGUGGGAAGCAUUGGAGUCAACAUGGGCCAGCAUCCCUAUGGAACGCUUUCGAUACCUUGUAGAGUCCAUGACCUGACAAGUUGAGGCUGUUCUGAGGGAAAAGGGGGGUGCAACUUUAUAUUAGGAAGGAGUUCUUAAUGCUUUAUACACUGUGUGUAUGUGUGUGUAAUGGAAUGUCAGAAAUAGGAAGCGGAUUGGGAGUCAUUUUACUGCAUUUAUAGUUGCACUGAAAGGUCAGCAUUUCCUGGGUCAUGUUCAUUAAUAACCAAACAAACUGAAACAGGGAGGGACUACCUGGACUUGCUGUUGGAAAACCUUUUGAAAAGGUUUUCCUUGCGUGUCCUAAUGAACAUGACCAUAGUCUUUGUUAUGGUUUCUUUUUUUAAUUCACACAGUAUCCCAAAUAAUAUUUUCCAAACCUUAAAAUAGCUUUUCUACAUGAUGUUUAUGCAUUAUUAAUGAUUGUGCA